AUGUCUUGAUGUUAUUGCGGCCAAUAAAGAAGGCAAAAGGAAGAAGAAGGCAGAUUCGCUUCUCAAUAGAUUUAGAAAGGAAGUCAAACCAUUUAUGAUUUUCGUGACAAAAGAUAGUGGCAUGUCAGGGUGGCCAUUCGCCGAGCCACAAACCAGUGUUUGCGACACAGAAGUCCCACACGGUCAUCUGAUGCCUGAAGGCCACUCGCCGAGCCAGACACUGGACCCAUCGGGUUCACAAGUUGACCGUAAGAAAGCUAAAAAAUGGGAAUCGGAACGCUUGCAUAAACAGAUACACAUCCAUCAACCAAUUAGUGAGGUUAACGGGAAUGUAGUAGCCGGGAAUGUAGAUAUCAAAGUUUCUUUACAGCCGUCCUCAAAGAAAAGAGACUGGAAAGAUGUACAGGAUGAUGAUGAAGAUCGGGUUAAAAAAACCAGAAGCGGAAGGAAUGUUCCAAACUAUCGUGGGUUUUUUGACAAAUCAUCAGUUCAAAUUCAAGAGAAUAAAGAAAAAAAUAUUCAAUAUGAUGGGUCAUAUGAGCAAAAGCCUGAAAAUACAUCAAAAGACACUAUUUUACAGUUUGAUAAUGACACUGACGAUGAUGAGAUCAAGGAUGAUAGUGAAACUGAAGGUGAAACCAACAAGGUAAUAACGGACUUCUUGGGAAACAUUGUUGAAUGCUCAAAGGAAUCAAAAAAUAUUUGUUCAGAGUAUACGAAACAAUAUCCUGAUGGUUAUUUGAGUGAUCUCCGCUUAUGUUCUUCCUUCCUCGGAAGCAUUCCAAGAUCGAUUGCAGUGUCAUAUCUAUCAGAGAUGGAUAAGAUAACAGAAUCUUUAAUUCCUGAUGGUUUACACCAAUUCUUAGUACGAUUCUUUUCACAAAAUAUUUCCGAUGAUGAGUGGCAAAUUCAAGUUGAUGAUUUAUAA